ACGGACACGGUUUCUCGGUCACCUAUCGUGCACGCAGCACCACUGCGUGAGUUUGGGUUAGCUACGCACCUCCGGAGGGUCUGCUACGGUAGCACCUCAGCGGGCUAAUGGGUGAGUUCUCGAUUCUCCUCCCUCCCCACUCCCCCGUCUCCGGUGGCGCGCUGGUACUUGUAUACCGCGAUGCCGCCGCCUCCCUGCAACCUCGCGUUCUCCUCGAGCUCUCGUACUCGUCUGACGGGUCAUCGAUACCGACCGAUCCAUCUACCCUUCGCUACCGUGGAUCCUCGCAUCUACAUGGCCCGUACUACUGAUUGCAUCUACGUAUAUGCCCAGCCUUCACAACAUCCCUGGCCUCCGAUGCUCUCGCAGGAAGAACAACGUGUGGUUGUAAGAUUCCGCGCUGCAUCUUCGGAGCCUCGGCAGUCCGCGCAUUGCUCGCGGAGCGGGAUACGACUCUCCUGUGCGUCACGGACACCAUCUGUGGGUGAACGUGGUGCAUCUGGGAUUGUACGGUCAAGGCCGCACGUUUGCUCCUUUAGUUGGACACGGCAGGGGUGACGCAUCAGGCUCCGUGGCGGUUGAUCGCGGUCUGACCAUCAAGCGAGCGCGAACAGGCAACGUAUCUCUUCACUCCCAGCUGGCUGCACUGGUCACGAUGCUGCAGCGCAGACUACUUCUCGUUCGCUCUGGUUGUGCUGGCCGUCAAACAUCCAGGCCGACAACCGGUAUUGUACCCCCAAU